GCAGCUCAGUCAGUGCCGAGAAGAUCCGCGCGUGAGAUCAUGAUGGACCAGCUGAAGGAGCAGAGCAAGAAGGCCAGCGACAAGCUGGAGGACUUCGCCAAGAAGACGCAGCAGGACCUGGAGAAGACCAGCAAGAAGGCGCAGGAGAGCAUCGAGCGAGCCACCAAGCAGGCCAAGGAGAGCAUCAACAAGGCCACCAAGCAGGGCAAGGAGGCCUCGGAGAGCGCGAGCAGCGCCAGCGGCCUGAUGGACUCGGCCAGGGAGGCCUUCCACAUCGACAUCAAGGAGGACAAGAAGAAGACCAAGCCGCGCCGCAAGGACUCGAGCGACUCGGACAGCGACGAGGAGGAGGGACUGCUGGACGACAUCGGCGACGAGUUCGACCAGCUCACGCUCAACCAGCGCGCGCUGGGCGCUGUGGGCUGCUACGUGCUCAGCGGCCUGUUCGCCUUCGCGGCCACGGUGAUCCUGUGCACGGGCGUGCACCACGUGCGCUUCUACGCGCUCUUCUACUCGCUGAGCAACAUCGCCACCUUCUCGAGCCUCAUUUUCAUCAUGGGCCAGAACCGACUGCAGAAGCGCAUGCUCUCGCGCAAGCGCAGUGUGAGUGGCCGCGCCUGGAUGGGAUCGCUGGGGCUCACAGUCCUUGUGGCCUUCUUCUGGCCCUCGCACUGGUUCAUCGUCAUCCUGCUGCUGCUUGCGCAGUUCUGCAGCAUGAUCUGGUACAGCCUGUCGUACAUCCCGUUCGGCCGCAAGUUCAUUCACAAGUACAUGGCCAAGCGGGUCAUUCUGGUGGACGCCAUGGACGGCAAGAUCGACGGCAAGUAAGCCGCCCUGCAGCUAUGAGCUCUCUGCUCGGUCCUGCAGUCUUUCUCUCUCCGAUCUUCUGCAUCUUUUUAUUGUGAGUGAUAUUAAUACCCAGUAGUAGUAGGAGCAACAACACCGCAUCAGUAAAUACCAACAAACACAGAAAGCUUCAACAGUC